CUCGUUUGACACGGUUUUACUAACACUGACGAGCCUUGUGAAUGUCACUUUAUGACUGUGGGGCCUGCAUGUAGCCAUUGAGCCUCGUGAUCCUAAACCGGUGUGGGUGUGAAUAGUGUGAUUCUUUGUGUGACAACACUCGACAUAUACUCCAGUAUACAGGAAGCUGCGAAUAGGCAGGUGCACGGAAUAUUGUGACGUUUUCUGCAUAUUCUGUUGAGGUCACAGGAGGACAGUGUCUCUGCGUUUUGGCGGCAAGCUGCUCUUGGCGAGCAACCAUGAUGACACAGACGGAAAGGGAGAUAACCUGCAGAGCUGAGAAUGGCCAAAGCCUGCUGGGUUGAUGAGGAAGCACCUGACAAGGAGCUGUGUAAAGCUUUGACUGAAGGAGUCACGCUCCGUAAUAAAGGUCCCCAAUAUGAAUCUCAGCGCACGUUGAACAAGCGAUCUUUGGUUUUGGAUGAGGAGAGUUUUGAGAAGACCUUUCUCAUCUGUGCUGUCUGUCGUGAUUCCUUCACGAACCCUCUAAAGCCCCCUAAACUUCUGCCUUGCCACCACUCUUUCUGCCUCCCGUGUAUCAAAGCGCUGUUCCGGACUGAGGUGGAGUAUCGUCAAAGUCUCACCCCUUCUUUGAGGGGCAUGCCAACAGCAGUAAGUCUUCACUGCCCGACCUGCAGAGGUAACUUCAUCACCACUGAGGAGAACGUACGGACAUUGCCCACGGAUCACAGAGUGGUCCAGUUGUUAGAUUUUGUUAAACAUACCGAGCGAUACACCGUAAGCUUCUGCUCCAAACACAAGCUACAGGCUUUGAACUUCUUCUGUGAACCCUGUAUCCAGCCUGUGUGUCGUGAUUGCACCGUGUUAGAACACAAAGAACAAGAUGGCCAUCUUGUUAUGGACUUAAGCGAAGCUCUAGACAAGUAUACUCCAGUUCUAGACACGGCUAUCACAGAUAUGGAUAACGAAGCUGCAAUGCUGGAAAAGAAGCAGGAGACGCUAGACACUGCUACAAAGAAGUUGGAAGAAGUCAGAACAGAUCUGCUCAAGAACAUCCAUGACACGUUCGGUCGUUUGAAGCAGCAGAUAGCGGAGCGUGAGCGAGAACUAGAAAGUAUCGCUGAAAAUGAAGUGAAUAAAGAAAAGAAGAAGUUGGAUGAGAAAGUUGAACUCCUUUCGUCACGGAGGAAAACCCUGCGUGAUCAUUCAUCAACUCUGAAACAAGCCAAGGAAGAGACCAGUAUUGAGGAGAUGUUUAGCAUACAUCAACAGUACCGAGAGUACAGGUCUCAACCCCCAAUCAAGAUCAGGGAGAUUGAUGAUGGAAUUAUGACCACCUUUUCCUUCAAUGCCAGAGAUGAGUCCAUCAUCUCUUCCAGAAUUAACAACUUCGGUGAUAUUGGUGCUAAAGUGGAGUCCACAUUCAGCUAUCGCUACCCGACAUCCCGGAGCACCUACAAGUAGGUGCACGCGCCUGGUAUUUCGCUUCUUGUCUUUCAGUUGUUGGACUUUCAGCCAGACACGCAAUAAUGAUUGAAACAUAGACUCGAACGAGUCUUCAGUGUUGCCUUUCGUCUCGUCCAUUGAAAGUCUUAUUGAACCUUCUGUAUAAGCUGCCAUGUUGGCAAUUGCAACACAUGAAUAAGAGGUGACUACGAAGAGGAUUGAGGAAGACCGGCAUUUCAAGUGACUUCUUUAUCAAUUUCGUCUGUGUUCACCCAAUGAUCUCGUUUUAGAUGUCUGCAUGGGGCACGAUAUGACUUCGAGACUCUUUUCCAUGUUUCUAUACACGUAUCUUCUUGAGUACCUUGAACCAAGCCAUUUAUAUCUGUGAUCAUCUCUCAUGGCAACGUUUUACAUGCUUGUGGAAAACAGUGCAUUGAGAAUUGAAACUGUUUUACCAAAUACAAGAUUGAUGUAACUUCAACCUUAACAUAAAAAUAUGUAUUUUGAGACUCAAUUUUCUUUACUUUACCUUUUCUUUUCAUUAUGACUCCUUGUUUUGGAUUAGUUACAGUAAAGUGGGAAUAAGUAAUUUUUUAAAAGAAAAGGCAUAAACGUUUUCGCUUUAUAUAUACACUUUGUUUCGAUCAGUUAUCAGAUAAUGAAAAAUGAAUUCCUUUUUUGUAUAGUGUUUCGGUAAUAUUUUUCUGUUUUAUUUUUAUAAGCACUGUAACAACUAAUACAUUUUUUAAAAAUUUGUCAAAAUGUGAGAAUGAUUGAUUGUAUGGGGUAUUGUACAAAUGCCAAAAACAGUUUCAAGUACAUGAGCAUGAAGUCGUUCCGGCGAUACAGUUGAUCCACGGUUUCUGAGUACCAUAUUCUGUAUGUUCAACACGGGCUUUUGUGGUCAAUCUAGUCCUCGUUACUACAAUAGCGUUUCGUAUGCUAAUCAUUUGAAUAACAAUCUGGGUGUGGGACUUCUCAGAGGAGCCAGGAGACACUGAAGUAUAUACAUAAAUACGCCAUAUUUCUCCAAUGAUUGUAUUUACUGAUUAUUCAUAAGCAAAUAAAGGUUCUAAUUUCUCAUAGUGGCCCUUCUCAUGAAAGUAGUUAAAUAUUUAAUUGCGGUAACGUUUAAAGGCUGGUAUUCACAGUUGUGGUAUUGUUACACGACAACAGUGAUCUGGUUGACGUCAGUUGUGACAUAUGAUAUGGAUAGAGUAAUAUCUUUAUAUUUGAUGUACUACGUAACACUAUGAAAACAUUACAAAUCAUACAGAUAUUGUGAAUAUGGUUCAGCGCUAUGAGACUGGUUAAAAGGAACAAAAUGUUCCGAAUUAAUGAAAUUCUGAGAAUUAUUGAUAUUACAAUAUAACAUAACGUCAGUGGUAUUCCUGAUUGCUGUCUUUUGUUAGUUGUAUUAAAGGGAUCAAUCGAU